AGGAUCAGUAUGUCCCAAGGGGUGACUGGGAGAUCAAGGACAUGCCCUGGCAUUGUUGUUUACUUGGAACAUGCAUAUAUCUCACCUUUUCCUACCUAGAUGUCUAUGUAGUAUCUUAGCAAUACCUGUUGAGAGGGGGAAGUCUUCAUAUUGUAUAUCAAUGUUGGCUUUCUGUCUCCCGGGAUAGGGCUUUGAGUAAUGUCUAACAUGGUCCUUGGAUAUUUUUGUAUUAAGCAAGGACAAGACCAGCAGAAAUGGCCAUGCCUUACUACUGCCACAGUGGAAUACUUGGUUAUUAAAAUAAAAUAAACAGUAGGGACUGCCAGGUGGUGCUCAGUGGGCAAAGGGGUGUGGCACCAAGCCUGGCAAUCUGAGUCUAAUCCUGGAACCCACACGGUGGAGAGAGCUGCCUCUCACAAGUUGUCCUUUGACCUAUUCAUGCAAGCGGUGACACCCCCUCCCCAAGUAAAACAAUCAUUGUAGUUUAAAAAAGAAAAAAAAAGAAAGUAAGUAGGGGCAGUGUGUAAAAUAAAAUCAUCUGUGAGAAUUAACAAAUGUACCUUGCUGCUAGUACUUUCUAAAAGUUAUCCUAAUUUUAUGACCAGACUAUAUAGACCUCUCUAUACUUGUAUAGAUUCCUAUUUUUUAAAAUAACAAUCCAGAAAAAGCAGGUUUCCUGUUAUGCCCUUUGGGGUCUCCCCCUAUGCUAGGAGUUGAUUAGUUCAGUUAGAAAAUGUUACACUCCCUACUUACUAUUACAAGUGUUCACAACAGAAAGGAUUUCUAAUGUUCUUGCCAUGGGUGAAAGGUUUUUGGUGUUUUAGGGUAAAUCAGACGACAAGCAAGCAGCAGUUAUGCCCAAAGAUCAUAAAACCUUGUGAUUCAGUCCCAUAAAUGUGCUUUGAGCACUGAGCUCUAGGUGGUAGCAUAAAGAGACUGUGGCAUUGUUUCUGCCCCAAAGAAACCAUAGGUGGGAGAAAGAGAAAGAGAAGAUGGACGGAAGGAGGGAAGGAAGGAAGGAGGGAAGGAAGGAAGGAGUUGAUAGGAUUGUAAAAUGAAGCAAAACGGACUUGAGAAUAGGUACACAAAAAGCAAUUUAUUUAUGGAAAAAUGAAACUACACUUGGGGAACGAAACUCGAACCAAAAUGAAACAAACCAGCAAAAGCAAUGAACGGCGGCGUUUGUCGCCUCAGGAAGACUGGGCAUUGCGCAUGGAGAGGAAGCAGCACGGUGCAGCACUGGGCUGGUCCAAGAGUGAAAAUGAGCUCUUGUUUAUUAAAACUGUAAGAGAGGUUGAAGGAAACUUGACGGCUGUCCCCUGAAGAGAGAACACUGGGGGGUAAGAACAGAGAAAACUCAGAGAACCAGUCCGGGAGGUGCAAAUCAUGGACGUUUCAGAAAACAAAGAAGGGGAACAGACAGCGGAAGAGGCUAUCAAGAAACAAUUUAAGGCCGAUAUCGCACCCGCCAACAUGGUGAACGUUCCUAAGACCCGCCGUACAUUCUGCAAGAAAUGUGGCAAACACCAACCCCACAAAGUGACCCAGUACAAGAAGGGCAAAGAUUCUCUGUAUGCCCAGGGAAAGCGGCGCUAUGACAGGAAACAGAAUGGCUAUGGUGGGCAGACUAAGCCUGUUUUCCGCAAAAAGGCGAAAACUACAAAGAAGAUUGUGCUGAGACUGGAAUGUGUGGAGCCCAACUGCAGAUCUAAGAGGAUGCUGGCUAUUAAGAGAUGCAAGCAUUUUGAACUUGGUGGUGAUAAGAAGAGAAAGGGCCAAGUGAUCCAGUUCUAAGCUGACCUUGUUAUGAAGACAAUAAAAUCAUGAGCUUUCACUCAAAAAAAAAAAGAAACAAUUUAAAAAUAUAGCCCCAAACUAAUGGACAUAGGUUUUAAGAUUUAAAAAGAGCAUCUUUAGCAAGUGUAAUAGAGGAAAAUGGGCUCACAAUGAAAUUUAGAAAACUGGAUACUGAGUUUUAGGGUUUUUUUUUUAGGAAAGUAAAAACAGUUCUUUAUAGAGUUGAGAAGAUUUUUUGUUGUUCCUCAGUAUUGGGGAAUUAGGAUAUAUAAUGUAUAUUGAUAUACAGUGAGAAAUGAGUGAAUUUACAACAAAGACUCUUAUUUAGAGCCAGUUAAGAGUGAGAGCACAGUAAAUGUGUAUAGUCAUUCUUUUCUUAAAAAUUAAAAUAUGGUUACAUCAUUUCCUUUUCUUCCCCUUAACCCCUUCCUUGCUCUCUCUCAAAUUCAUGGCCUCUUUUUAAAAGAUUAUUGUUUCACACACACACAUUCCUAAAUACAUCAAUACAUCUUGGUUUGUAUUAUGUUACAUAGUCAACUGGGGCACUUCCCUGGGGAAAGACUGUCUCUUCUGCUCUCAGCACACCUUGGCUGCCUGUAGUACUUGGUCUAGGGUUGAGGGUCCAUGGGAUUUCCAUCUUCCACAUUAGCGCGUCUGUAAGUGCUGUUGUUGUUUAGGUCUUGUUUAGGCAGCCAUGCUGGAGAGACUUCAGGGAUGUAGCAUCUUAGAAGUAUCUAGGACAUGCAGUCCCAUAGCAAGCAUCCUGUUCCUCUGACUCUGAGCCUUAGACGUACCCCCCACUCUUGAGACAAUGCUAACAGAUGCACCCAAAGAAGAGUGAGUGGAACUGAAAGGGAAACACUGGAGUUUCAGGAACAGAAAACUAUAGAGGCAAGGGGAAUCAGGGAGGGUGUGCAGGUGACACUAAAGGCAGCAGCUGGACAGUGGCUUUAGCAGGUAGCUGGGCUAAACUAGAGUCAGUCAGCUACAGAAAUAAUUUCUUGUUUUUCUAUGAAACAAAUGAAAAAAAAAAUCUGAUGCAACUGAACAGAUUAAGAGAAACUUUACAAGGGUUAGUAAUAUAUACAUAGAAAAUAAAACCAAUGUAAAACUAAAAGUUAAUGAUUAUCUUUGAGCUGAAAGUGUGUGUGUGUGUGUGUGUGUGUGUGUGAGAGAGAGAGAGAGAGAGAGAGAUAUCACACAGUAACUUCCUGAUUGAGCUGUAAUGUGUACAGAUUUAUAAUAGCAAACUGAGUAUUUUGAUUUGACUAAAAUACAACUAUAUUGAGAUAUAGGAAGCUAGUAUGUCUGGGGAGGAAAGGGGACAAGGCAAGGACAAAACUUCCCCUUUCCAAAUUGGGAAGGCAUUUUGAAAGUCUAAGCUGGAUGGUGGCGGCACACCUUUAAUCCUAGCACUUGGGAGGCAGAGGCAAGUGAAUCUCUGUGAGUUUAAGGCCAGUCUGAUCUACAGAGCAAGUUCCAGGACAGUCAGGGUUAUACAAAGAAACCCUGUCUUGAAAAACCAAAAAAGAAAGCGACAGUCUGAAACUGGACCCUGAAAUAUGAUACGAAUAUGAAGAAGUUGGCCUGAAUAUGUGAGAAAAGGGGCUGGGGACAUGGUGCGCAGACAUGAGGGUUUGAGUUUGACCCCGGCACCUACAUAAAAGCCAGAUACAAUAGCACCUGCCUGCAAUCCUAGUGUUUGGAGACAGGGAGUGGGCAGAGACUGGUGGGUUCCUGGAACUUCCUGAUCACCCAUUCUAGACAAAUCCAUGAGCUCCUGGUUCAGUGGGAAACCCUGUCUCAGAAUAGAAGAAGAAGCGUGAUUGAGAAAGAUGUCCCGCAUUGACCCCUGGCCUCCACAAGCAGAUACACACAUGCACGAAUGUGUAUACAAACAGACAUGUACAAACACUAGACCCACUGAGCGACCGACCAACCAACCAACCCAUAGAAGCAGCAGCUUUAUAAACUAUAGGUGCCUUGCUGCUUCAGGAGUGUGGAGGAAGGAACUUGGAAGAGACUUCUGGGUCACAGAAAUGACUUACAUAGGAAUUGACUCUUUAUAGUGCAAUUUUAAUGGAUAUAAAGCAAAUUUAUAGGACUAGAGAGAUAGUUCAGGAGUUAAGAGCACUUGUUCUUCCCGAGGACCAAUGUUUAGUUCCUAGACCUGUGUCAGAUGGCUUCUAACCACCUGUAACUCUAGUUUUAGGGGCGUUGGCAGCCUCUUCUGGCCUCCACAGGCACAUGCACGCAAGCACACAUGCCUUCACAUGGGCACACGCAGGCUCACACACACUCAAAUCUUUGAAAGAAAACAAACCUGCAGUGGACCAAAAAAUAUCACCUUUUUACUUUUGAAAGGAGCAAACAGUUCCAACUGGAGGUCCUGGGAAGGAUUCCCAUGACGGAGACCAGUUGGAGACCUGCAUAGGAGGCUAAGUUACCUAGAGGAGAAAUAACACGGCCUGAAACAGAGAUGUUCACAGCUGGCCUAGGGAGCACAGUCAUGAAUUCAUUUCCUGUGCUGACAUGUGAAAGAAGUCAGUGGAUUUCCACGACCUGUGCUCUUUGGUUUCU